AUGACCAUGCCCGGACCACGGCCGGGCACUUCGAGCCGGGCUUCACGCACGUGCAGCUGGACCCCGAGCCGGGUGGUCCCGCUGGGGGUGGCCUUCGAGGCCGGGCCCCAUGCCGAGGCCUUCGCCCGGGCGGACACCCUGCGGCUGCUUGCCCCGCUGGCCGACCCGCAAGAGGCCCGGCAGUGGCCGCUGCUGGACCCGGCCCGGCCGGGCCGGGCCAUCCGCCUGACCAUCCCGGGACCGGACUGCAUGCAUGUGUGCGACCAGUGCCCGGCCGUGCGGUUUGCCCGGACCUCCGUGUCCCGGGACUGCUGGACCCACUUCGAGGAGCCGGAAUUCUCGCUGAUGCCCCUGAUCGACGUGCUGUGCAUCAUGCUCGAUGCCCCGGGGCCCGGCGCCUACGUGGACAUGGUCCGCCUGGUGCACCGGGCCCUGCGGAAGCAGGCCCCGCUGGCCCGGCCAAAGGUGGCGGAGCUUUGCCGCGCGGCCGGCAUCCCGGCCACCGGGGCGCUGCUGGUCGGCCGAGCCGGCCGGCCGCUCGAGGUCGGCCGCCUGCACCCCCGCCGAAGCCGGGUCUUCUUCUACUUCGAGGGCAGCCAAAUGGCCGGGCACCCGGACAUCGUGUGGAUCGACGCCGGGGCCGGGCCGGCCGGGCGGCACUUCUUCCUGCGGCUCUUGCUCGGCCCCGCCCCCGGGCGAGGGAGCCCCCUGCAGAUGCUGGUCCCGGGGCCCGUGCGCCGGGCCCUGCUCGAAAAGGCCCACUUGCCGGACGACCCGGCCGCGGCCGGCCCAGCGGCGCCGCUCCCGCUGGGGGCCGGGGUCUUCCUCCGGCCGGCGCCACUGGCCGGCCACCUUCGCGCCCCUGCCGGCCCACCUGCAGGGCGUCAAUGUGGCGUUGGACAUGCCGCCCUGUGCGGCGGCCGGGCAUUCAUCCGGCGCUGUGCCCCGGGGCGCCGGCGCUGCGGGCCGAGCCAGCGGUCGGUCCUCGACCGGCCGAGCGCCGUGCUGCUGUGCACCCGGGCCGCGCACCGGGCCUCCCAGCUCCGGAAUGCCCGGAAGCCGGGGGGGGACCUCGCCCCGGCGGGCACCCCCCGGCAGGGGGUCGCCCUCAUGUCGCCGGACGCCGUGUGCCUGAGCCCCACGCACGGCCAUGUCCGGCGCAUGGUCCCCCGGGCCGGGGGGCCAGGCCGCCGCACCGGGCCCCCGGCCAUCCGCCACCUGGAGCUGGCCCUCACCGAGGUGGACCCCGCCAUCACCCACUGCCAGGCCAGCUUCCUGGAAUUCCGCCUCCGACACAUGCUCCAUGCCUACCUGUCGGGGAUCCCCAUUCACCGGCCGGCCGAAUACAUCCAUCUCGGGCUCCGGGCGCGCGUCGUCGCCAUGGCCGAUGACCAGGGCCGCGACCUCCGGUCGGGGGUCUUCGUCGGCGCCAUGGACCAGCUGGCGCCGGCCGACUGCCGGCCCGCCGGCCGACUGCCGGCCCGACGGUGGUCUCCUUCUGCUGGCCCUCCGGCCGGCGGACUCCCCCCGGCAGCCCGGCGCGGACCUAUCGCAAUCGCCCGGCCGGGGUGGCUCCCUGGUAGCAGGGGGCAACACCCCGCCGCCGCCCGGCACCCCUUCCUGGGCCACGCCCAUCUGCCUGGAGGGGGGCGGGGGGGGCUCGCCAGGCCCGGGUCCGGGCGUGGAGCCGGCCGGCCUGCGCACGCCUCCCUUUUUUUCCUCCCUCCCCCCCCCGCCCCUCGGCCUCUACGCGGGCCCCGGGGAGAUGGCGCGCGAGGCCGGCGUUCGUGCAUUCGAACCGGCACCCCGAGCGCCCGCCGGGCGGAAGGGCCAGCAAGGGCCGCCGGCGAGAUGAGGCACGCAUCUUGA